CGGCUGGAUUUGUGUUGUAGACCCGGGCACUUGUGGGACCCGCCCCGCCCCGCCCGAUCUCUCCUCCAUCCUCUCCCAGAGAUGAGAGCCCAUCGGGCGCAGGGCACUUUUCUGGGCACGGUGGCCUUUUAAGCUUAUUUAAGAAUGGGUCAGAUGAGAGAGACUGGAGGGAAAAAGCAUGGAAUCGAGUGUCUAGGGGAAACAUGGAACUAAGAGCCAUCAGGACCAUGAUACUACUAGUAAUCAUCAACAUGACUUUCAGCAAGUCAUUUACUUCACUGGAAAGUUUCUUCAUCUGUAAAAUGAAAAGAGUCUUCUCUGGAAUUUUGUGAUCAUAUGAGAUCAAAAAAAUUUGAAUGCCAGAAUGGAUAACCGUUUUGCUACAGCAUUAGUGAUUGCUUGUGUACUCAGUCUCAUAUCUACCAUCUAUAUGGCAGCGUCCAUUGGCACAGAUUUCUGGUAUGAAUAUCGCAGUCCAGCACCAGAAAAUUUCAGUGACUUAAACAAAAUCAGGGAUGAUUUUGUUGACAGCGAUCCUGACGAAAAGACUUAUAAUGAUUUACUUUUCCGAUAUAAUGGCACAGUGGGAUUGUGGAGAAGGUGUAUCACUGUGCCCAACAAAAGUACACCUUGGUAUAGCUCUCCAGAAAAGACAGAGUCAUCUGACUUGAUCACAGAAUGUUUCAGUUUUACAUUGUCAGAGCAGUUCAUGGAGAAAUAUGUAGAGCCUGGAAACCAUAAUACUGGGAUUGAUCUACUCCGGACCUAUCUUUGGCGCUGCCAGUUCCUUUUGCCGUUUGUUAGCCUAGGUUUGAUGUGCUUCGGGGCUUUGAUUGGACUUUGUGCUUGUGCCUGCAGGAGUCUGUAUCCAACCAUUGCCACAGGAGUCCUUCAUUUCCUUGCAGGUCUGUGUACACUGGGCUCAGUAAGCUGCUAUGUUGCUGGUAUUGAGCUACUUCAUCAGAAGCUGCAGCUGCCUGAAAAUGUGAAGGGCGAAUUUGGCUGGUCCUUCUGCCUGGCCUGUGUCUCGGCUCCCUUGCAGUUCAUGGCUGCCGCACUCUUCAUUUGGGCGGCGCGUACCAACCGAAAAGAAUACACACUAAUGAAGGCCUAUCGCAUGGCGUAGGUGGACUGCAACUUCAGUUAGAGUUUGCUACACUACAGUAUUUUUUAAUGUCUAUCUUAUUCUCAUAACUUUCUCUUCCCUCCCCUACCUUUCCCUUUCACUGGACACAAUUCCAUUCUGGAUGUUUAUUUAAAGCAUUGUUUUCUCACCCUCAACUUUAAAUUUGGGUGGUGUUCUUUAAGAAAUCACACCUUUCAUGCUACGUCCAAUAAAGCUACAUCCAGAAUUUAGAAAAGAGAAAUUAGAUAAAGAGAAUAAAUUUAUAAUAGAUACUCACCUGGGUGAGGCUUAUAUAAGCAAAGUUAACAAGUAACUAACUUCUGAGAGACUAAGAUAUAAAGGUGAAGUUACAGUAUGUAUGUUGAAUUUUUGACAUUCAAUUUAAAAAGUCUCUUAUCAUUAACCUAACUUUAGUUUUGCUGUUGUGAAGAACUGAACAUCCAUGGAUAUGAGUGCUAUUUUCAAAUGUUAUUUAAACUUUAUGUGAUGGAGAAAAGUUGUCACAUUUCUCUGACUUUUGAAGUGUAGCUUCAUCUGAGGUGAAAUACAACAGCCCUUUUAAACUGCACUGUGCACAAAAUCUUUGAGCAGGGUUGUGAAAAAUAGAUAUUUCAGUUGAAGCUUUGUAUGGCUCUUAAGCAGUACUGGAAGUUAUCUCAAACGACAGGGUAUUAACUUUUUUACUUCCUUUAAAAUUUGAGUGUCCUAGAUCACUUCCCUCAUUGCACAGUCUUACUGAAAGAUAACUAUGCUUUCUACUAAUGUGUACAAGUCAGGGCAUUGAAUGCCCCAACUGCCACCUAAGUCAGUUAAGUACUCCCUCAAAACAUUUAUCCAGAAGAAGGUCCUCAAGAUUUAAGGCUUUGACUGCCUAUUAAUAACUGUGGUCUUUAUUUCCUGUGAUGGAAUGAGGUGCCUUUUCUCACCCAGAUCUCUUUCUUCAUGGACAUCUCAGCUUUGUUUAAUUUCUUCUAAUUUAGUUAUUUUUAUAAAUAUGUGUAUAAACUUUUAAACUUUUAAAAUCCUAUUUAUUUAUUCCAUUUCUUGUAGAACAUGGCAGGUUUUUUAAAGAAAAUGUAACAUAGUAAUUUCUUACCAUGUCCCAAAUCUGUUGUUUAAAAAAUAAAAUCAGAUCAGAAAAGAG